AUGCCUAUAGCCCACCGGAAGUCAGACUCCUCGGAGAUGGACCCCGACGCGUCUCCCGGCUGCAGACUCAGCGGCCUGAGCAGAGGCGGAAGCUUGGAGAGUCAGAGCAGCAGUUCUGGGACCCGAAGCGUCUCUCUGGACGAUGAGAGCCUGAAGCACCUCACCCACGAGGAAAAGGACGUCAUCCUGUUUUUUGAAGAGACGAUCGGGUCCCUGGAAGACGACUUUGAGGAGCCAGUGCUGUGUGAUGGAGGUGGGCGCUGCCACUCUCCCCCGUCCCUGGAGGAGCACACGUCCAGUCCCGCCGAGCCUGAAGAUGUCAUCGACUUGGUGCAGCCCACUCCUGGCGCUGGGGACGCUGCAUGCCUUCCAGAGGGGACAUGGGCAGCAGCGUCCGGGCUGCGUCCGGUCCGCCUCCCGCGGGACUCGGAGCGGGGCCUGGAGACCCGGCGGCGUCCGGGAUGCUUCUUGUCCCACACCGAAGAUCUGAGGCAAGGCCUGGUGCAGGCCGGAGAGAGGCUGCCGCCCUCACUGGCCGAGUAUCGCUCAGGCUCCUCUGGCUCCUGA